UGUAAAGUUGACUGCAGAGAAACAGGAAGAGAAAUCACCUGCUUGCCGCUAUAUAAGGGUCUCCAGCAUCUAUAGGAGGCAGAAGAGGAAAGUUUCUGAAGCACACAGCAGCCUGAACUGCAGCCCUUCAGCACAAUGGAGAACUGCUCCGAAACAGUAAGUGAAAUCACUAAGAAAUCUUUGGAGAAGAGCCUACAGCAGCUAAAAUGCCAUUUCACCUGGAACUUGAUGGAGGGAGAAAAGUCCUUGGAUGAGUUCGAGGACAAAGUGCUUAACAAGUAUGAGUUUCAGAACGAUGAAUUUAAAGCCACAACAUACAACCUAUCAGCCUACAUAAAGCAUCACAGAGGCCAAUAUGAGGCAGCCCUGGCAUUCUUGAGGAAAGCUGAAGAGUCAAUCCAAGAAAAGUAUCCAGACCAAGCAGAGAUCAGAAGUCUGGUCACCUGGGGAAACUACGCCUGGGUCUACUACUACAUGGACCAACUCGAAAUCGCUCAGUCUUACGUGAACAAGGUGAAAGAAGUCUGUGCGAAGUUCUCCAGCCCCUACAGAAUUGAAAGUCCUGAGUUUGAGUGUGACGAAGGGUGGGCUCGGUUAAAAUGCACAAAAAAUCAAAAUGAAAGAGCAAAGAUGUGUUUCGAGAAAGCUCUGGAAAAGAACCCAAAGAACCCAGAAUCCACCUUUGGAUGGGCCAUCGCCAACUACCGUCUGGAUGACAAGCCACCAUCUCGGAACUCCAUGGAGCCCCUGAAGAAAGCCACGGAGCUGAAUUCACACAACCAGUACAUUAGAGUUCUCUUGGCUCUAAAGCUUCAAAAGAUGAAUGAAGAAGACAAAGGAGAGAGCUUAGUUAAAGAAGCCUUAAAGGAAGCUCCAGAUGCAACGGAUGUACUGCGCGCUGCAGCGAAAUUUUAUCAAAAAAACCCUGACCUGUCUAUAAAGCUGCUAAAAAGGGCUUUAAAACACAUGCCAGACAAUGCCUACUUGCAUUACUCCAUUGGGUGCUGCUACAGGUCAAAAAUCCUUGAAUUACUGAACGGAAGAGAGAAUAAAAAUGUUGGGGGAGUAGAGGAUUUACCGGAACUAAUAGGACAAGCCGUGGAUCAUUUAAAGAAAGUUGAGAACAAUGGAAAUCUCCUGCAUGUCUGUAGCUAUCUUGCUGCUAUCUAUGUGAUAGCAGGUAAGUACAAAGAAGCAGACCAUUACUUCCAAAAAGAAUUCAGCAAGGAGCUUACUCCAGUGGGUAAACAAUUGCUCCACCUGAGGUAUGGCAAUUUUCUGUGGUAUCAAAUGAAAUGCAAGGAAAAGGCCAUCCACCAUUAUUUAGAGGGUGCGAAAAUAAAGCAGGAAUCAAAGGAGAGAGAAAAGAUAAAAACCAAACUGCAAAAGAUUGUCCAAUGGCAACUUUCCCAAAAUGAAGCAGAUUCUGAAGCCUUGCAGCUCUCGGCAUUGCUUCAAGGGUUGAAUGAGGAUAGGCAAUAAGCAGAGGAAGACUCUGAGAGGGUAGUGGACUCUGAAAGUUUCGUCCCUUCGACAAAAAAUGAGAAAUUGGGACAUGGUGUCCAUAGGGCUACAGCUAGAACAGAGUUGAAAGCCUUCUACCAAAUUGGUAUUCAAAAUAUUCAAUGACUAUUAUGACACAACAUGGACUGAAACACUGGACAUAGUCCCAGAUCAGUGUUAUGGGGGAACCCUGCUGUGCCAUCCACAGCUCCACUCCAUAUUCAUUUCCUCUCUAUCUCCCUCUCCUCCCUAUCUCUGCCUUCUUCUUCCUGUUCCCUAAGCAAUACUCAAUGUAAAGUGAAUACCCAUGGUAGAAAUGUUGUUUGAAAAACUGAGAGCAGAGAUCUAGUCAAAUUUAGAAGAGGGCCUGUCUAGGAGACGAUCAAGCAACCAAAGUUCAAGACUUUUAAGACACAUGUGGGAAGAUUUUGCCUCCAAUCCACUGUCCCUGAAAUUGUAAUACAGCAUGUACAUAAGAAAAAAGUAUUCUGUACAAUAUGUUUCAUUUAGAAACUGAAAUACACAGUUCUUUAAAAACCUCUAUGGAAAAACAAAUGUCUCACAAAGGCUAAGCGAAAGACAGAGAAGGAAAUGCUGGUUUCUCUUUGUAGAUUGUAAUCACAGGAAGAAAUAUUUACUUUUGAAACCACUAUUAGGAACAUUUCUUUGUCAUUGCUUUCUUCAAAAAAAAGUCUCACCUAACUCAGGUUUGAGAUAAUGGGAAAGCAGCUGAAUGGAAGAAUAACUUGGUGACUAAGGGCCUAGUGGAAGGUCUUAGGAAUUGACAUUGACAAUGAACAGUGGGUUUCUUUUUUCCUCCCUUAAGAAAUGUUACACAUUAGGUGAUACAAACCUAAUACAAAAUUCUUUUAACUCAGAAAAUCUUCGUAAACAUAAGUUUAUAUUAGUAUUUGUGAUUAAACAAUUAAAACAGCAUAUAAAAUUCAACAUUUUUUAAAAUUAAUUUCAACUACUGUAACAAUGGUUCAUGUUAUUUCCCAUAUUGAAUGUAGUGCUGUAUGUAUUUGAGAUCAUCCGUGUGCACAGUUAAAAUUUCUGAAAAAAGUCAUAAGUUUGAUUAAUAAAUAACUUUU